GUCACAUCAGCCCACAUAACACAUCAGAAUGAUCAGAUUGAUAGAUGGUUCACCACAUGUUUACCACAUUUGCACCACACUGGUCGACCAGAUAUAAGGACAGCCUCGAUUCAUGGUGCCUUUGUAUGCUCUACAACGAUUCGAUCUUCACCAUUGGGACCGAGACAAAGAAUUCCUCCCAGUUCAGGUUGAGGGGAAGCGAUGCCAUGAAUUUAAAAUCAAGGAUGAAAAACUUGGAGAGGUGGAUCUGCUGCUUCACACCAGUCACGAUGAAAGAGUGACGCACUACGGUCUGCAAGGACGGGCCACCAAUGUGGUUCCUAUCACCAGCGAAACGCUCACGAAGAAAUACGGUAUCUUCCAGGAUGGGAUGGUGGUCAAGAUUUUUUGGGGAGAGGCGACUCGCACCAGCGAGCCGGACAUCUCGGACAAGGUUAAAGAGAUUGCUGAGGUGCACGAUACUAUCAAAGAUCAUAUUCCCCAGCUGCUCUGGCACCACCAGUUCAUGAAUCCCACGUCCGCCGUUCAAGAAGCGCUCGGUGUUCCUGAACCCACUACGGGAGGUCGUGUGCUCUAUAUUCUUGUAUUCAGCAAGCUCCUCCCUAUCACGAAGCUUCAGGGAAAAGAGCUUUUUGAUGUCUGGCGUCAGUGUAUCUCAUGUCACCUUACUGUUUGGAAGGACAGGGUCUAUCAUCGAGAUGUCAGCCCUGGAAAUCUGAUGUGGUACUGGAAAGACGGUAAGCGGAUAGGCGUUUUGAACGACUACGAUCUAUCCUCGUUGGCGAAUGACUCAGGUUCUCGGGGCAAUGAGCGCACGGGCACGGUGCCGUUCAUGGCGCUCGAUCUUCAGUGAGUGAGGGUCAAUGAGGUGA